AUGUCUCUCCUAACUCUCUGUUGGGCCUAUCCCCCCCCUGCCCCAGUUGCGCCGCCCGGUGCUGCGCUCGCAGCAACGGUCACCGUGCCUGCUUCAUUGGGAUUUGUACCGGUUGCGAUUCAUUUUGAUCUGUUUGAUAUUCUCGUGACUCUUGGUACUUCGGCGACUGCCGAGGAGGUGACGACGACCUGCAAUGCACGCAUCAAAGCCCGAAACAACAAUGAGCCAGAGCUGAGUACGUGUUUGAUGCCUGUUGGCUGGUCUGCUAAUUCUGCAUUUCUCAUCCUACACGACUAUCUACUGACAUACUUUUCUGCAGCGGAUACACUCUACAUCAUGGCCGGACUGGGUUUUGUCGAACGCGUGGAUGAGGACAGGUUCAAUGCAAAUGCCAUCACAAAGCACAUGGUCGCCAUGCCCUCUGCCCAGCAUGGCGCCCUGCACUUCACCACCGAGGGCUUGAUGGCUGGAGCAUUCCUGAUGAAGAAGCUCCAGGACACGAACUUUGCUUACCCCUUCGCGGAUGCAGACGGGCCCUUGCAAUACGCGUAUCAGCUUAUGGGCCAGCCAGAACUGGCCGCCCAGCACACGUACUCCAUCAUGGAGACCCAAGGGCGCAUGGACAGCUUCAACCAUUUUAUGGUGGGUAAGUUCCUCAAAUUCGGCACAUUUCCCGAGCGGGUCAAGGCCAUGGGAUACGAUCUGGACAGUGCAUUGGCUGUGGAGGGUGACUCGGGCUCGGCUGCAAUGGUCGACAUUGGUGGCGGUCGAGGCGAGCUCCUGCUUGAAGUCCAGGCUGUGUAUCCGCAGCUGAAGGCAAGUGAGCUUAUCGUGCAGGAGUUCAAUACCGAGAUUGACUGUGUGCCUGGUGUGCGCCUCAUGGAGUGGAAUUACAAGGAGUCAAGCGAGCAGCCUAUCCGCGGGGCGCGCGUUUACUCCCUGCAGCAUAUCCUGCAUAACUUGCCUGAUUUGGAUGCUGUGGCGUUGUUGCAGAAGAUUUCUAAGGCGAUGGCGCCUGGGUCGCGGAUCCUCAUCAUUGAGUACGCGAAGAAUUUGACUUAUACCUCGCUUCAUGCGAGUAUGAUUGCCCUGUAUGGUGGACGGGAACGCAGUGCAGCUGAGUGGCGACAGAUGGCGAGUUUGACGGGACUCAAGGUGACCUUUGAAGCGUAUAUCCAGGCUGGGGAGUCGUUGGUGGAGAUGAGGCGAGAUAUUUCUUAG